UUGACGUACCCGGAAGUGACGGACACUACAAGCUGGCAGGCGAGCGUGAGAGACGUGUCCGCACGACGAGGGAUGGACGUGAUGGAGGACACGGCCCGCGCCGAGGACGAGGAGCACUUUGAGGAUGCCUACGACCGAAUUCCCACUGCAUGUGACAUGGACCUGCAGUCUGCCAUCCAGGAAACUCAAUGUGCCCUCAGCUUAGUCCUUAACAACAAGUUCUCUGAAGCCCUGGACCUUCUUAAGCCAUUGUGGCGGGACAGUAUGUACCACGCGUUGGGUUACAGCAGCAUCUUGGUGAUGCAGGCGGCUAUGACCUUCGAGCAGGGGGACAUCCAGAUCGCCAUGGCGACCAUCAAGGAAGCCCUACACACCUGUCAGAGGUUUCGCAAGAAGAACUCAGUGGUGGGAUCGCUUUCCAGCCUGAUCAGCAGGCAAUCCAACCUCCAGGAAGAGGAGAUGCACGCCGAGCUGUGCUACGCCGAGUGUUUGCUGCAGAAAGCCACGUUGACUUUUGUGCAGGACGAAAACAUGAUCAGCUUCAUCAAAGGAGGCAUCAAAAUCAGAAGCAGCUAUCAAAUCUACAAGGAUUGUCACAAUGUGCUGAACGCCAGCGGUGAACCCAAGGGGAAAUCCGACUCGCACCGGCAGUUUGAGGGCGGAGUCAAGUUGGGCAUGGGCUCCUUCAACUUGAUGCUGUCCCUCCUCCCGCAGCGGAUCCUUCGACUGUUAGAGUUCAUAGGUUUCUCCGGAAACAGGGAGUUUGGCUUAUCCCAGUUGCGCGAGGGAACGUCCGGUUCCACUUUGCGCUCCAUCUUGUGCACGUUGACGUUGCUCUUCUACCACACUUACGUCUCCCUCGUGCUAGGAAGCGGCGAGGGCAACUUGGCAGAAGCCGAAGCGCUGCUGGAGCCUUACAUUCACAAGUAUCCUAAAGGCGCCAUCAUUCAGUUCUACACGGCCCGGAUAGCCGCGCUGCGGGGACACUUUGAGAAGGCCUGCUCGGGAUACCAGGACUGCGUAAGCAGCCAGCAGGAGUGGAAGCAGAUCCACCACUUGUGUUACUGGGAACUCAUGUGGACACACUCGUACCAGCAAGAUUGGCCGCAGGCGUACCGCUACGCUGACCUGCUGUGUCGGGAAAGCCGCUGGUCUAAGGCCAUUUACGUGUAUCAGAAGGCCGCUAUCCUCAGUAUGAUGUCGGUGGAAGAUGCGGAGAAGACUGGGGAGGACUUGGUGGAGCUCUUCCGGCAGGUGGAGGGACUCAAGCAGCGGCUAGCCGGGAAGUCCAUCCCUUUGGAGAAGUUCGCGGUUAGGAAAUCUCGGCGCUACAAAGCUAGCAGUCCUGUGCCGUUGGUGCUUCCCGUUCUGGAAAUGAUGUACAUUUGGAGUGGUUUCACCAUCGUAGCCAAGAGAGCCGACUGCACCGAGGCGCUGCUGGUCACCAUCGAGGCUGCUGAAGAGCGACUUGCCGGCGAGGCUCAACCUUCCGAGUUCCACGUAGACGACUGCUGCCUGGUGCAGAUGUUAAAGGGUCUCUGCCUCAAGCACGCUGGGCGACUCCUACAGGCAGAGCUCUGCUUCACCCACGUGCUUUCCAGUGAAAAUCGCAUCCGUUACGAUCACUACCUGGUUCCAUUCACACUCUACGAGCUUGCUCUACUCUACCGACAGCAGGGCGACUGCACCAAGGCUGCUGCCUUCAUGGAAAACGCCAAGAGCAACUACAAGGACUACUCCAUGGAGUCCAGACUGCACUUUCGCAUUCACUCAGCCCUCAACAACCUCGAAAGUUCAGCCGACGCCAGCGCUUCAAAUGUUUGACGGUUUUUUGAGAAGGUUUUGAAGAUAGGCGGUGAAAAACGGGGACCCGUCAGUCCCUACUUGCAGCUUUAAUUAUUACAACCGCUAGCAAAAAAAUUGGAAUCACCAGUCUCGGAUGAGCACUCACUCGGACAUUUUACCAUGUAGAACAAACUUCUUCAGGCAGUCAUCUUUGUAAAUCUCACUGGAACAGCACCAAACAAAAGUUCCAACAUCAUCACCUUGUCCAGUGCAGAUUCUUGACUCUUGACACCUUGUCCAAUGCAGAUUCUUCCGUCUUGUUACUUUUAUAGAGCAAGUGCAAGGAAAUAUAUACAGUAUGGAAUCACUCCAUUCUGAGGAAAAAAAUAUAAAAUCAUUAGAAACAAACAAAGAAAUAACGAUGAGAACACAUCUCUAGUAUUUAGAAGCACCGCAUCUGGCUUUUAUGACAGCUUGCAAUCUCUGAGGCAUGGACUUGAUGAGUAUUCUUCAUCAAUUUGGUGCCAACUCUCUUUGAUUGCAGUUGUAAGAUCAUCCUUGCAGGUCGGAGCCUUGCCGUCGACUAUUUUUUUCAAUUUCCACCACAGGUUUUCAAUAGGGUUGAGAUCUGGGCUAUUUGCAGGCCAUGACAUUGACUGGAUGAGCCUUUCUCCAAGGAAUUCUUUAAUAGUUUUAGCUCUGUGGCAUGAUGCAUUUUCAUCUUGGAAAUGACAAACAUAUUUUCAAUUGAAGGGAUAAGAAAGCUGUCUAAAAUUUCAAUGUAAACUUGUGCAUUUAUUGAAGAUUUAACCACAGCCAUCUCCCCAGUGCCUUUGCCUGACAUGCAGCCCCAUAUAAUCAAGGACUGAGGGAAUUUUGAUUUUUUUUCAGGCAGUCAUCUUUGUAAAUCUCACUGGAACAGCGCCAAACCAAAGUUCCAGCAUCAUUGCCUUGUCCUCUUGACAAGGGGAUAAUGCUGGAACUCCGGUUUGGUGCUGCAAAAAUAAUGAAUUAGUUCAAAAGUGCAACUCUGAGAGAAUUUUGAUGUUUCUUUUCAGGCAGUCAUCUUUGUAAAUCUCACUGGAACAGCACCAAACCAAAGUUCCAGCAUCAUUACCUUGUCAAGAGGACAAGGUUCCAACAUCAUCACCUUGUCAAGAGGACAGGGUUCCAGCAUCAUCACCUUGUCAAGAGGACAACGUUCCAGCAUCAUCACCUUGUCAAGAGGACAAGGUGAUGAUGCUGGAACUUUGGUUUGGUGCUGUUCCAGUGAGAGUUACAAAGAUGACUGCCUAAAGAAAACAUCAAAAUUCCCUCAGAGUUGAAUCAUCACCAUGUCAAGAUGACAAGGUUCCAGCAUCAUCACCUUGUCAAGAGGACAAAGUGAUGAUGCUGGAACUUUUGUUUGGUGCUGUUCCAGUGAGAUUUACAAAGAUGACUGCCUCAAGAAAACAUCAAAAUUCCCUCAGAGAUGCACUUUUGAACUAAUUCAUUAUUUUUUUCAAGCUUUUUAUCUGAGUUUGUUCUACAUGAUGAAAUGUCUGAGUGAGUGCUCAUCCGAGACUGGCGAUUCCAUACUUUUUUUGCUAGGGGUUUUAGUCUUUAUUUGCCUUCAGCUUCUCUCCGUCCACACGCGGCCGCCAAUCAAAACGGCGCCGAUCAGCACUUCGCCUGGAAGCUUUUUUUGUUUAACCCCCUACCUCCUUAUUUAUGAUUUUUACCUUGAAAGCCGGCAGCACAAUCUGCGCAUGACACUCCUUUGAUUGUUAUUUCAUGUGAAUUUAUCUGUUCCGCCUUAAAUAGCGACACACUCCGACUUUUCGUCCCCAAACAUUUCGCUUAUGCAACACGCGGAGGCGAACAAACGGAUCGUUUACGUGACAACGGACUUUGUCCCGCUCGAAAAACACUCUUUUCUCCACUCGUUUGCGAGGUCGCAGUGAUGCGUAACGACUCAAGAACGCUCAAUAGACGUACAAAUGUGUGUCAUUUUUCUUUGUUGUGCCUCCAAGUCCAGAAUUAUUCACAAAACUGCCUUCACGAGAUUUUCUGAGCAAAUACUUGAGUUGAAGAACGGAAAUUCCGGGCUGUAAGUCACACUGAUAAAGUCGCGCUAGCCAAAAAAUACAUCCGUGUCUUAUAUAGAGUGAGGAAAAUAAAUAUUUGAACACCCUGCGAUUUGCAGUCCAAUCGUCCAGUCCCAUCUGCAGAAAACACCCCCAAAGCAUGAUGCUACCAUCCUCAUGGUUCACAGUAGGGAUGGUGUUCUUGGAAUGGUACUCACCAGUCUUCUUCCUCCAAACACUAUGAGUGGAAUUGAGACCAAAAACAUCUGUUUUAAUCUCACAUGACUCCUAUGGAUCAUUCAAAUGGUCAUUGGCAAACCUAAAACUAAACCAGGACAUCUCCUGGUUUAAGCAGGGGAACUUUCCGGUCCAUGCAGGAUUAUAAACCAUGACCUCUUAGUGUAUUACCAAGAGUAACCUUGGAAAUGGUGGUCCUAGCUCCAUUCAGGUCAUUGACCAGCUCCUCCUGUGUAGUUCUUGGCUGAUUCCUGACCAUUCUUCGGAUCAUUGAGACCCUACGAGGUAGAUCUUACAUGGAGCCCCAGUCGGAGGGAGAUUGACGGUCAUGUUUGGCUCCAUCCCAUCCCAUCCCUCGCUUAUCUGAGGUCGGGUUGUGGGGGUAGCAGCUUCAGAAGGGAAGCCCAGACUUCCCUUUCCCCAGCCAGCUCUUCUUGGAGGAUCCCAAGGUGUUACCUGGCCAGCCGGGAGUCAUUGUCUCUCCAGCGUGUCCUGGAUCGGCCCCGCGGCCUCCUCCCCAUGGGACGUGCCUGGAACACCUCACUAGAGAGACGCCCUGGAGGCAUCCAAAUCAGAAGUCCUUGUCACCUCAUCUGGCUCCUCUCGAUGUGGAGGAGCAGCGGAUUUACACCAAACCUGUCCCCGAUGACCGAGCUUCUCACCUUAUCUCUCAGGGUCCCGGAUCUUGUUCUUUCAGCCAUGACCCACAGUUCGUGACCACAGGUGAAAGUAGGAAUGUAGAUCAACUUUCGGCUCAGCUCCCUCUUCACCACGACAGACCGAUGCAAAGUCUGCAUCACUGCAGAUGCUGCACCGAUCAGCCUGUCAGUCUCCCAUUUUUUCACCACUCGUGAAUGUCAGGGAAGUUCAAGUUUGAACCACAAGACAAGUAGCAAUCGAUAGCUCAAAUAUGAGAGAAUGAAUCAGACCCAGCCAAGGAUUGCCUGCUUCGAAGACAUUAUCCUGCUGAAAGUAGCCAUCAGAAGUUGGGUACAUUGUGGUCAUAAAGGGAUGGACAUGGUCAGCAACAAUACUCAGGUCGGCUGUGGCGUUAAAACGAUGCUCAAUUGGUACCAAGUGGCCCAAAGAGUGCCAAGAAAAUAUUCCCCACACCAUUACACCACCACCACCAGCCUGAACCGUUGAUACAAGGCAGGAUGGAUCCAUGGUUUCAUGUUGUUGACGCCAAAUUCUGACCCUACCAUCCGAAUUUCGCAGCAGAAAUCGAGACUCAUCAGACCAGGCACGUUUUUCCAAUCUUCUAUUGUCCAAUUUCGAUGAGCUUGUGCAAAUUGUAGCCUCCGUUUCCUGUUCUUAGCUGAAAGGAGUGGCACCCGGCGUGGUCUUCUGCUGCUGUAGCCCAUCUGCCUCAAAGUUCGACGUACUGUGCGUUCAGAGAUGCUCUUCUGCCUACCUUGGUUGUAAUGGGUGGUUAUUUGAGUCACUGUUGCCUUUCUAUCAGCUCAAACCAGUCUGGCCAUUCUCCUCUGACCUCUGGCAUCAACAAGGCAUUUCCGCCCACAGAACUGCCGCUCACUGGAUAUUUUUUCUUUUUCAGACCAUUCUCUGUAAACUCUAGAGAUGGUUGUGCGUGAAAAUCCCAGUAGAUCAGCAGUUUCUGAAAUACUCAGACCAGCCUUUCUGGCACCAACAACCAUGCCACGUUCAAAGUCACUCAAAUCACCUUUCUUCCCCAUACUGAUGCUCGGUUUGAACUGCAGGAGAUUUUGUUAAACCAUGUCUACAUGCCUAAAUGCACUGAGUUGCCGCUAUGUGAUUGGCUGAUUAGAAAUUGUUAACGAGCAGUUGGACAGGUGUACCUAAUAAAGUGGCCGGUGAGUGUAUAUCAAGGAUACAAUGGCGUGAUCCGGCCAGGAGCUGUGAAAAUGCAGGAGUACAGAGAGAAUACACAAGUCAAGGGUUUACAUAUUCUUGUUGAAAGGGUGUUGCUUACUAUGAAAACAAAAACGAAACUUAUUACAGCCCACCUCUGGUGAUUUUUCAGCUGAAAAACAUCAUGAGUUACGACCUUGGGAACUUAGCCGUAGCUGGCACGAAAGGGAGUAAAAUCAGAUAAGGAAGUCCACAGAAACUCUUUGUAUUAUGUUCAAAGAAAUAGGUAGAGCACACGAACAUGAAUAGAUACAGUCACAGCACAAAUGAAUAUAGUUUAACAGUAGUUAUGUGUUUUAUUUUGAAAUAUUUAUUUAUUGUCAUCAUCAUCGGUAUCAUUGACAAUCAUUGACAAUUACAAAAUGUGAUAUGAUUUGUCCGAAGGAACCGAAGAAGGAGACAAAGGCAGACGGGAGGGAGCAUAUGCUUAUCAGUUUCCCAUCCCCCAUACAACUAAAGACGCACAUUCAGACAUGGUACAUACAUCAGAUGGCCACAAACUGUACAAUAACACAAUCAACAAUCUGGGUUUACAAUGACUCAGCGUCCAGUCAGGCAGCUCAAUUAAUUUCAGGGCAUACAAGGUUAUGGCUUUGGCAUGUCCUUGACAUUUUUGCAUCUGUUUGCUGUGGGAACAUUUUGUUGUGGCUAUGUGUGUGGCAAAAGUGAUUAUGUGUUAUCACAGCUGGUGUGAGUAGCGACUCAAAUUGCUUUUCUUAUAAGUCUCUUAAAAGGAUACAUGGUGGCAACAAUUGGCGCACACAAAGAUCACUGUAAUUUUCAAGUGAGGUCAGCUGGUCAAGACUCAUAAUAGCUUUAAUCUUCAUGUCUUGCAUCUUGACAAGGAUCCUGCGUAUCACCUGGGCUAGGUGUCAGUUGUAAUCCAGAAAUGAUGAGCUCAUUUGCGCGUCGGCACUGGUCGAGAUCGUCAGCCAAAAUUUCCAGCCUCUUGAUGCGAACAUCUCUCUCUUCGACCGCCUGCUUGAGUUUCUCGUUUUCAGCGCGAAUUAACUGGAGCUCUCUGACGAUUUCUUGAUUCUGGAAGGGUUGAAGCCGGCAGAGCGCCCACGUGGGUUUUGGGUCUGAUAAAUGCGCGCGUCCCCGGAGGUCGGUGCUUUAUAAGCAUGAAUAAAAUAUUCCUUCACAGUUAACAAGACCCCGAGAGACUUGAACUCUCCACUUGGGUCAGGACCUCAUCCCUGACCCGGAGAGGGCAUUCCACCUUUUCCCGAUUGAGGAUCAUGGUCUCGGAUUUAGAGGUGCUGAUUCUCAUCCUGACAUCAUUUUUAAAAAAUUGCUCCAAAGGUGGUUCUUAUAUCAGCAAGCUGCUUGGCAAUUAUCCCUUAACACUUUCCAGCCUUGUUGAGGUCUACAAUUCUGUCUCUGGUGUCUUUGGACAACUCUUUGGUCUUGACUAUGUUAGUAAUUGGAGUCUUCCUGAUUGUAUGGGGUGGACAGGUGUUUAUAUGCUAUAUGUGUUAGUAAUUUGAGUUUUUCUGAUUGUACGGGGUGAACAGGUGUUUAUACGCUAUAUUCUUUUUCACAAAAUUUUUUGGCUAGCGCGACCUAUACUCCAGGGCAACUUAUAGUCCAGAAUAUACGGUAUUUUCAUCAAAGUUCUGAGAAAUGAAGUGUUGCAAUGAGAUCCAAAGUCAUUUGUUUGAAAUAGUGCAAUGCAAGCUUUAUUCUUUCUAUUUAUAUGAAAUUGUUUUGUUUCGCCUUGACUCGGCGUCAAGUCGGGUUCUGUUUUCGUUUAUGUAAAAAAAGCUAAUAAAUGCAUUUUUGACAGUCGAUGGGCUUUGGAUGUUUGCUUUGGAGUCGUGGGCGGGAUCAAUGCCGCGUGUACUUUAGCUAAUAAUUGACGGGCGGCGGAUGCUCGCGCGGAUCGGGAGAGAAGACCGCAAAAUGUUCGACAUGUUGCUCGGGAAGGGAGUUUGUCUUCUUCUGCCGCUUCUACUAAUCUCCACUACCGACGCAGAUGUCACUCGGCAAGACGACUUUGCAGGACCAGAGGAGUGUCUCGACAGGAAGCCCACGCGUGCGUCAUGUGACCUCAUAUUUUGUCGCCCCUGGGAGCGAUGCAUCGAAGGACGUUGCUCCUGCAAGCCCCCGUAUUUGUGUCCCACCG